GCCUCAGAGAGUCACGGGGCCGCACCCGGAAGUCGUCUGCGUUGCGGCGGCGGCGCCGGGCGGGAUGGGGGAAUCGAUCCCGCUGGGUGCGCCGGUGCCGGUGGAGCAGGCCGUGCUGGAGACGUUCUUCUCCCACCUGGGCAUCUUCUCCUACGACAAGGCCAAGGACAAUGUGGAGAAGGAGCGGGAGGGCAACAAGAGCGCGGGGGCCAGCUGGCUGGCGCUGCUGGCCGGGCUGGCGCACCUGGCCGCCGCCGAGAAGGCCUACCACAGCAUGACCUUCCUGGGCCAGAAGCUAGGUGGUCAGUCAUUCUUCAGCCGAAAGGACUCCAUCCGAACCAUCUACACAUCUCUGCAUAAUGAGCUGAAGAAGGUGGUGGCGACGGGUCGCAAUGCACUAGGAGGAACAGCUCCUCACUUGGAAGAGCUGCUUUCUCACCUGUCUGAACAGCUCUGUUUUUUUGUUCAGGCUCGGAUGGAAAUUGCUGACUUCUAUGAAAAAAUGUACACGCUCAGCACCCAAAAGUUCAUUAACUCUGAGGAACUGGUAAACAUUUUGGAAUCCAUCUUAAAGAAAUACAGCUCAAGGUUUCAUCAUCCAAUCCUCAGUCCUCUUGAAAGCAGUUUCCAACUGGAAGUGGAUGUGCUUGCCCAUCUCUUAAAGGCUCAAGCUCAGAUCUCAGAGUGGAAGUUCCUUCCAUCCUUGGUCAACUUGCACAGUGCUCACACAAAACUGCAGACUUGGGGCCAAAUUUUUGAGAAACAGAGAGAGACCAAGAAACAUCUGUUUGGAGGGCAGUCUCAGAAGGCUGUACAACCUCCACACCUCUUCCUCUGGCUGAUGAAACUCAAAAACAUCCUCCUUGCCAAGUUUAGUUUUUACUUUCAUGAAGCCCUCAGCCGACAAACGACAGCAUCUGAAAUGAAAACUUUGACUGCUAAAACAAACCCUGAUUACUUUGGGAAAAUCUCCAGCUUCAUCCGGAAGUAUGAUGCCAUCAACGUGUCCUUAAUUUUUGACAAUCGUGGAUCAGAAAGUUUUCAGGGACAUGGUUAUCAUCACCCCCAUUCUUACAGGGAAGCCCCCAAAGGAGUGGAUCAGUACCCUGCCGUGGUGUCUCUGCCCAGCGACAGGCCUGUCAUGCACUGGCCCAAUGUAAUCAUGAUUAUGACUGACAGAACCUCUGACCUCAACAGUUUGGAGAAAGUUGUUCACUUCUACGAUGACAAAGUCCAAAGCACGUACUUUCUAACUCGUCCUGAACCUCACUUUACCAUUGUAGUUAUUUUUGAGUCCAAGAAGUCAGAAAGGGACUAUCAUUUUAUUUCUUUUCUCAAUGAAAUUUCACAUUCACUUAAGAACUCCAAAGCUUUUGCAAGUUUGAAGCCUGGAUCCAAAGGGUAAAAUGCAGACUACUUACAAGCUGUCAAGGCAGUAUGCCAGCCUUGAGGGAACUGUAGCUUUCAAGGGUUACAUAAAUUCAUGAUUCUCAGAGUCUAAUUAAAAAGGAACCAUUAUUUUUAAUGUUAUAAGUUCCUUUUUUUAAGCUAACAGACACUUGAAAAGUAUUUUUGAGCAGUACUCAGUGGGACAACUUAAUUGUGGGGUGCUAAAUAGCCACAGUAGGAUUUUUUGUGUGGUUUUCAGUUUUCAGUAUGAUUUUUUUUUUCAGUCCACAACUUUGUUGCCUGUGUCAGAAAGGAAUAUAUGCACUUUAUCUUAGACUGAUCAUUGACUGUCUUCUGCAGAGUUUAUUGAAAAUGCAGUAAGAACAGCAGAUACUAUCUUUUCAUAAAACUGCAUUGCCUGACUAGAAUGAUUUGUGAGAACUAAAUACUGAUACAAGGGAAUAUUAAAAAAACCCAAACCUUCAAGGACUCAUGUUAAAUAAAAUACAGGAAUCACAAAAGGCACUAUUUUUAAUUAUAACUUAAUUUUCAAAUAUUUUGGAGUAUAACUGAAGUCUCUGACACUCUGUUAAGCACCAAUCUCGCUUCUUAAUACCCUGUGUAAUAAAGCUUUGUCAUUGCUCCAGGCAGGAUGGGGCAAGAAAAGCUGCAGCAUGGGCUGGAAGGCCAGGGUUCACUGGAGUGUUGUGACAUUGUGUGUCCAGCACCAGUCUUGGCUCAGAUUAGCUGAAGGAGACAAGAUGAGGUUGAGCAGAUACUCUACAAGGAAUCGCUCCAUGGGAAAAGCAGCAAAACUCUUUUCAAAUUAUGCUUUUGCCUGGCUAACUUAAAACAAACAAGAAACACGAAACCAAACAGUAGGAAAUGCCCUUUGUAAAUAAGUUAUUUUCUGAUUUGCUGUUAGGGUUAACCUGAUCUGUUUUCAGAUUUUUAUAAGCAUGUAGGUUUUUUUCUUUCUUUCUGUUCAGUUUUAAAUAAUUUCACAAUGAAGCCAAAUCACUUUUGGAAUUUGAAUUUAAAUAUAUAGCCUAUGCAGGUGUUUACCUCGUUCUAAAAUGUCUCAUUGACCACUUCUAGGCUGCAGGUUUGGAAAAAGUAUUUUUUUUUUUUGGUUACCCUGUAUUUGGAAAUCAGUAUUUCCAAAUUGAAUGGAAGGGUCUGUUUGGCUGUGCCUGUAGCCUUAUAUUGUGUGAUUCUUCUGACUGUUAGCUAUGCAGUUGUGCACUUUCAUGGGGAUUAUGGAGGACUGUUACGGGUCUGCUGUAUGAUGUAUUUAAGCGUAGUAAAGUUAGAUCCUUCGUUGACACUGUAUAAGGUGUAACAUCAUGACUUGCUUGCUUUAAAAGGGAGUUUCAGUCAAAAUACUGCUUUCUGAUAAGACUGAAGUAUAAAAGAUACCACUGCAGACGUGGCUUUUACCAAUGCCCUUUCUCUCCCCCAAAAGGUUAUGGUAACGUGUCUUGCCUCUUGCUGCCAAUACUGAUUUCUUUUACAAUCACACAAACAUGUUCUGUGCUCAAAAUGUAAGCUCUGACUUUCCACUUGGUACCAAAUGGAGCCUCCCAUGCUCUGCUAUGGUUGUGUCUGCCUCUGUUGUGAGCAUCCGUGCCGCUACCUUUCCCCUGAAGUCCUAGUCUGAGUGCUGUAUCACUCUUCAAAGUUGAGAGUUGCUCUUUGUCACUGGAAAAUAGCAGGAAUUGCAAAUAUACCAACAGCUGGAAGGCCCCUGGUUGUCACAACGUUACACUUUGCAGCUUGAAUUGCCAAUUUAAUAGGACAAGGUUGCAAAGAACAGUGUUGAGAGGGUUUGUGUGCCUCCCUCUGUGGGACAGUAAGCUUGUAAUAGCGUUGUACUACUGACUUCCUCAGCCUGAGUAACAGAAAAGAGGCUGUUGCCAGAACUGGUUCCCAGUCUUCAGCAGUGUAAUAAAGCAUUGUACAAAUUC